AUUUAUUUAAAUUUUUUGUUUUUUUUUCCCUCCUUAAAUUAUAUUUGUUAUUUGUUAUUUUCUUAAUUCAGUAACUGUGUUUAUUCAUUAACUUGCUUAUUAACAUAUUUAUUUUGUAAUGAUAAUCACCCAACGAUCGAUAAGAACUGUAAAAACCCUGUGGAACACCACGUUUUAUUAAAACGUGAUUAGCAUCACAGAUGUUAGCUUCUGUUCCAUGCAUCAUCAUUCUGUGGCUGUGGUUGCUGGCUUGUGUCCAGAGCUGGAGGACCCUGAGACUCCGAUGAUCGUCUCCUACAGCGGGGGGGAGCUGGCGGACGGCCAGCACAUCGACAGGCCAGGUUCUGACGAAGCCUCCAGGUUGACUGAUGGGACCAACGCGGUCGCCUCUCAUCUCAGGACCCUGGAAAACUGUGUGGAUCUUAAGAUCUGCAUCCUGACCGACUGGACCAUCGAGGAGGUCUCGGACCAAGUGGAUGAUCAGUACUCGGUUCACGAGAUGAGGUUUCGCUCCGGGCAGCAGGAAGCCGACUUCUUGAAGCUGCUGAGGUCCUUCUUCCCUCUGCUGGCCCCCAGCACCGCCUUUGAGUUCUUGAUCACUGACCCGACCAACAGGCUGCAACCUCUGGAGGUGCAGUCCUUCACACCGGAGCAGAUCUGCAGCGCAGCCGGAAACUCUGCCCUCUACAUCCGAUUGAAGUGUCCAGUUGAGCAGGAAGCAGGAAGUCGUCAGCAGCCUAUGCAGACCAGUGAUGAUGACUUUAACGAUGAAGAUGCUCCGCCCAUGGAGCUUCAGGCUGCACCCGACGCCAAAAAUGAGGCUCCGCAGGAAAGGCCAGCUGAAAAUCAGAGCGGUCACAAUGAAGACAUCGUUCUCAAGGUCCGCCUUAUAGAGGACUCCCGCAUUGUGGCUCUGUCAAAGACCGUCCUGAAGAAGUACAAGUCCAAAAAGCUCCGGUGUCACCGUGGGAUGCAGGAGGCUGAGCUCCUGAAGCUGCUGGUGUCCACCUUCCCCCAGCUGGCCGCUGGAACGGCGUUUGAUUUUUUAAUCACCAACAGCACCAAGAAACUGCUGCCUCUGAAAGCGGAGUCCCUGACGCCAGAACAGAUCAGCCGCGCUGCUGGGAACUCUGCCCUCUACAUCCGACUGAAGUCUGUAGGGGGAAACAUCAAGUCCAGACUGAAAAAUCUGCUGGCAGACGCACCAAGAAAAAAAAAAGGGUCUCAAAACAAACCAGACCAGGCCCACAUCAACCUGAGGAUCCACAUCCUGGAGGACUCCGGCAUCGACGUCAUCACGGCAGAAGUGCUGAGGAAGUAUCGUCUGAACAAACUGGAGUGCCGUCCUGGGAUGCAGGAGUCGGACUUCCUGGACCUGCUCAGGUCCACCUUCCCUCAGCUGGUGCAGUUUGAAGCCUUUAAGUGCGACCGCAGCAGGAAGCUGCUGCCUCUCCACCUGCCGUCCUUCACACCUGAGCUGAUCUGCACGGCGGCCGGGACGUCUGCCCUCUACCUGCGGCUCCAGCAUCCAGAGGAGCCCAGUGAUGCAACAGAAGAGCCUCAGCAGAAUCACCAGGAUGCAGAGCGUCCACAUCCCGCCACACCCAGCAACAGAAAUGAAAACCCCGACCCAGCAGACGACGAAGACGCUCACCUCAACCUGAACAUCUGCUACCUGGAGGAAUCCCAGAUGGAUUCUUCCACUUUCAGCCCGCAGCUCCUUUUGCAGAAGUUUCCGAUCCACGUGCUGAAAUGUCCCCGAGGUCUGCAGCAGCCGGACUUCCUGGCCUUCCUCAGGUCCACGUUUUCUCAGCUGGCUUCAGAUCAGCCCUUCAGCGUUUUUGCUCUUCAAGGCCAGAAGAUGCUGCAGCUGAACCUGAACAGCGUGAAUCCAGAGGAGAUCGGGACGACCAUCGACUCCCUGGAGGCUUCGGUCAUUUGUGUCCAGCAGCUGAAGAAGAAUCCUCAGACAGAAGCUGCUGAAUCUAAAGUUCCUCGUCCAAGAACUCCACAGGCCAGAACUCAGUCCCCCAGCAGGACGACCUCUGACCCAGAAGACCUGGUGGAGAUGAAGAUCUGCAUCGUGGCCGACCCCAUGAUGGACGUUGCCUCUCCUCUAGUGUUGCAGAAAUACCCCAUCCUGACGUUCCGGUGCCCCGGCUCCCUUCAGGAGGCCGAGUUCCUCCGCUUGCUGCGGACGACCUUCCCUCAGCUGGCUGGAGAAGCGUUGGACUUCCAGAUCGGUCUCGGCCGCGACGUGAAGCCCAUCGACCUGCAGGACAUGACGUCGGAUGACAUCAGCAGGACCCUGAGAUCGGCCAGCGGGUCUCUGCUCUACAUCCGCCUGAAGGAGCAACUCAGCGUCCAGGCCAGCGUGAAACGGAGUCGCGUCGACGUGUCUCCCGCCAGCAAAAAUGGAAUAAAACGAAAGAAAACAUCACAGAGUCGGUCCAGCAGAGCGUCCAGUGAGGACGUUGAAACCGAAGACAGCGAGGACGACGGCCACCAGAGAAAUGCGACGUCCACCGAAGUCUUGGGUCAGGAGACCGAUACCGGUCCUCCUGUGCAGGAGACGGACAAACAUCCUGACCCCACGCCAAACACGGACGACGAGCGGACGGACGACAGCGACGAUGAACGUUACAACCAACAUCCUCUGGUUUGCAAGCUCUCUCUCGGUCUUCAGCAGCCGGGGUCGUCUGGGCAGAGUUCAGCGCAAGACAUAAAGGCUGAACCUGCAGACCCAACGGAACAGAAACCUGCAGGCGAGGCGGCGAACAGCCCGAGAGACGAUGGCGAAACGGAGGACAGUGAGGACUACCACGAGCCUGGAAGCGCAGAGUCUUCCCGGCUGUCGUCGUUUCACCCCAGGAGGCCGGAGAGUGAAAUGAAGCAGGACACGAGCAAAAAACGCUUGAAGAAGGAAAAGAAGAAGAGGAAGAAGGACAGAGAGAAGAAGAGGAAGAAGAAAGAAAUCAAACUGGAAGUUGGAUCGACAAACCAGAGGUUGGAAGCGGUGGAAAUAGUUGAUAGUGAGGAUGGAGGUGAUAAAAAGCCCCCAGUCUGGUCUCUGCAGCCUUGGACAUUUGGUACAGAUGCAACGAGACGGACGAGUACAGGAGCUGUGAAAACAGCAAAGAAGAAAACCGUCGAGCUUUCACCAAACAAACAGACAAACAUCAUGACAGAGGAGGUGGAAAUCAUCAACAUUGAGGAUGAUGAUGAUGAUGAUGAUGGAGCAUCUUCACAGCCUCAGGUAUCUGAUGCACAGCAGCAGAAAACCAGAACAGAAGACGGAGAUGAAGAGGAGCCUGCAGCAGCGAUGGAGAACAUGGAGGCGGUGGAGAUAGCAGAUAGUAACGACGGGGACGAAGACUCGCCGUCCUCCAGCUCAUCGACUCCUCAGCCUCACGUAUCUGGAAGAGACUCGCAGCAAACCAGCGCAGAGGCAAGGAAGGUGUUGGAGAGUUCAGCCCCCGGGCCUUCAGCUGCAAAAGCAGACGGCAGUUUGGCUCCAUCUGGUGGCGUUCAGAAGCCUCUGCACCUGUGUGAGGCGUGCCACACGUACCACACGUCCAGGGGACUCCUGAUCAGACACGUGUGGAGGAGCCACGUCAACAACCACGGCCUCGUCUGCGGAGUCUGCCGGCAGCGCUUCGACUCCACCGCCGCGCUCAAGAAACACCUGCAGACUCACAAGAAAACCUACACCUGCGAGGUCUGCGGGAAAACUUUCUUCACCAAAAGCGGCUGCCAGAGACACACGAGCCGACACAAAGGGGGCGAUCCUGAGCAGAAGUAGCCUGAAGCCGCCUGGACGUCGUCUGCAGAAGAAAACUCCGUCCCCUCAGGAAAAACGGCUGCAAAACCACAAAAAACUGAAAAACCGUAACGGCAGCGUCUGCAGAUCAGCUUCUGUUGAUGCGGGUCGGCUGUCGUCAGAAAAGCGUCGGCUCAGGCUGCGUUGGGUUUCCAGAGUUCUGGUUGGGUCCGGCGGACCGAGUGAAGGAGGAAACGUGUUUCCUUUGGGUCCUUGAUGUUCCUGUUGCAGCCGGUUUGUUUCGUUUGAGGACGGUUUCCUCUGCUGCUCCUCGCUGCCGUGUGGAAACUGUGACCGACUUGCAGAUUUAGUUUUUGAAGCUCUGUGAGGUGAAAGCUGCUCGUUUCUCCUGGGAGUUUCUCUCACUUGGGACAUUUCUUAAUGAAAAGUGACAAAACGGGUUCAGCAGAAAUUUCUGGGUGUUAUUUUUUGAGUUUUAUUAAGAUUUUAUAUUUUUUUUAGGCUAAUUUCUGGAAACCGUGACUUUUUUUUUAAGUACACAGA